AUGUCCAUCGCACUCCAAGUUCCAAAUGAGUACGGCUACGUCAUCCUUAGCGGAGCCUUCUCCGUCCUCGUAGGCUUCUGGCACGGCGCCCGCGUCAACUUCUUCCGCAAGACCGCCGGCGUCCCCUACCCCUACAUGUACGCCACCCCCGAGCAGUACGCCGCCGCCAAGACCCAGAAGGAAAAGGAUGCCCUCUACCUCUUCAACUGCGCCCAGCGCGGCCACGGAAACUUCCUCGAGAACCACACUGGAAACCUCUACCUCAUGCUCGUCGCUGGUCUCAAGUACCCCGUUGUCGCUGCCGGUCUCGGUGUCUUCUGGUCCAUUUCUAGGAUCAUGUACGCUGUCGGUUAUACCAACAUUAACAAGAAGGCUGGGUCGGGAAGGUAUAUCGGCUCGGGCCAGUUCAUUGCCUUCUUGGGCCUUCUUGGCUUGACUAUCAAGACUGGUUGGGACAUGCUUGCGUAA